GGCCUGGCCCUGCUGCAGCUGCCCAGGGCAGCGCACCUUGCAGCCCUCCUCCUCCUCCCUGCGCCUCCAGGAGGUUCCACUUCCAAACGUAGGGAGUCAGAAUGAGUGACACCAUCAGAAAACUAUGCGGAGCGGAUCUCGACCAGGAGUGAAGAAUUCAGAAUCCAGAGCAAGAAAGCGGUUCUAACUCCUGAGGGAGUUGGCAGCGCCUCCGCCUAGAAUCAGGUUGUCUUGAAGAGAGGCUGUGCUAAUCGGCUGUUCUUCCGGCUUCAAGAUCCCAACCCUGUGACCGUGAUUUGUUGAACCAAGACUCUGAGGCUGAUAUGCAAUGUCACUUACAACAUUAAUCAGAUACUGCAUUUAAGGUAGGAGGCCAGGUGGAUUCUAUUUUUAACUCUCAUGCACUCCAUCGUGUGCAAGCGACCUGGGUUCUCACAUUUGUAUUUUCGGUGCUGCUAUCAGUGGUUUGAUUUUCAGCAAAUGUGACAGUGGCCUUUGCAGUGGUCAGCUCCAAGCUUUGAACUCUCAAAGGAGCAAGGGGAAAAAAUUCAACACACAGCCUCAUUGGUUGCAGCCUCAGAGAAACCUUGGAUGAGAAACUUCUUUUUUCAGUCCUGUUUUCCUGUUGAUAAAUUCAGUUCUCGUGAUCACAGUACAUCCAAGCUGUUCUGCGUGUGAUUUUUGGUGUGUGUGACAAUCGCAUCUAAAACUUGUGAGCAAGAAGACGGAGAAGUCAGUUGGUCUCCAUCGCCUUACAUAAAGAUGGCUGAGUGUCUUCUCAUGCUAGCACUGCAUUGAGGGAUACCACAGACCUUGAUGUGGAUGAGAUGGAGGACUCAGAACCAAGGAUUUCCAAGUGAUUUCUUCCAAACCACGGAAACUAACUCUGUUAAGGCUGGUCUGUUCCAACUGAGAUGACAGUCAUGUCCCUUUCCAGGGACCUCAAGGACGAUUUUCACAGUGACAGAGUACUCUCCAUCUUAAAUGAGCAGCGCAUACGAGGCAUUUUAUGUGAUGUCACUAUCAUUGUGGAAGACACCAAAUUUAAAGCCCACAGCAAUGUCCUGGCUGCUUCAAGCCUUUAUUUCAAAAACAUCUUUUGGAGCCAUACAAUCUGUAUUUCCAGCCACGUCCUGGAGCUGGAUGAUCUCAAAGCCGAAGUGUUUACAGAAAUACUUAAUUAUAUCUACAGCUCCACUGUUGUUGUCAAGAGACAGGAAACCGUCACCGAUCUUGCAGCUGCAGGAAAAAAGCUGGGAAUAUCAUUCUUGGAAGACCUUACUGACAGCAACUUCUCAAAUUCCCCAGGUCCCUAUGUAUUCUGCAUUACUGAAAAGGGUGUGGUUAAGGAAGAAAAAAAUGAAAAAAGGCAUGAAGAACCAGCCAUCACUAAUGGGCCAAGGAUCACAAAUGCAUUUUCCAUCAUUGAAACAGAAAACAGUAACAACAUGUUUUCUCCACUGGACUUGAGGGCAAGUUUCAAAAAAGUGUCUGACUCCAUGAGAACAGCCAACCUCUGCUUGGAGAGGACUGAGGUCUGCCACGAGGUAGAGCCUGUGCGCACGCUCGCUGAGCACUCGUACGCCGUUUCUUCCGCCACCGAUGCUUACAGGGGGCAGCCUGUGCAAGAGCAUGAUAGCAGUUUAUCUGAUAAGACAGGUAAAGAAAAUGGUGAGGCUCCUGCUACAAAAGCAAAAGCAGGCCGAAAGCCAAAAACGGUCUCCACACCCCAGGAUUCUGAUUCAACCUCGGAAAAUGCACCCCUCCCUCUUGUAACCAGCCCAGAGGUUCAUCACGAAACAAGCCCCCAGCCGGCUGCAGUUUUGCCGCAGUCAGAACCUCCCAGCCAGGAAGGAGAUGUGCACUUUCCCAGGGAAGAUGAAAGUCAACCUUCUGACGUCCCUGGGCCGCCAGCAGCCGAGGUUCCACCUCUUGUUUAUAACUGCAGCUGUUGUUCUAAAUCCUUUGACAGCAGCACCCUGCUCAGUGCCCACAUGCAACUUCACAAGCCCACCCAGGAGCCUUUCGUGUGUAAAUAUUGCAAUAAGCAGUUCACCACUCUGAACAGACUGGAUCGGCACGAACAGAUCUGUAUGAGGUCAAGCCACACGCCCCUCCCGGGAGAAAGCCGACGCUUUUUGGAAAACUACCCCACUAUUGGACAAAAUGGAAGUUCCUUCACGGGUCCAGAAUCCUUAUUAUCGGAAAACAGGAUUGGUGAGUUUGCCAGUACUGGAAGCACCUUGACGGACAUGGACCACAUGGUUAGGUUUGACAAUGGGCAGACGCUGUACAGCUGUGUUGUGUGCAAGCGCAGCUACGUGACUUUGUCCAGCCUCCGAAGACAUGCAAACGUCCACUCGUGGAGAAGAACUUACCCUUGUCAUUACUGCGACAAAGUGUUUGCUCUGGCCGAGUACAGGACAAGGCAUGAGAUUUGGCACACUGGAGAGAGACGGUACCAGUGUAUUUUCUGUCUUGAAACUUUCAUGACCUACUACAUACUAAAAAACCACCAGAAGUCUUUUCAUGCCAUAGAUCACAGACUUUCCAUGAAUAAAAAAACAGCAAAUGGGGGCUUGAAGCCUUCUGUCUAUCCAUAUAAACUUUAUAGGCUGCUGCCUAUGAAAUGCAAAAGAGCGCCUUAUAAGAGCUACCGAAAUUCUUAUGAAAGUGCUCAAGAAAACAGUCAAAUGAUUGAGUCUCCUUUUGUUGUUCAGAACGCACAGAGCUCUGAAUUGACUACCACACUGAAUUUCCAAGACAGGAGAAAUACCUUGACCAACAGUCCAGCUAUCCCAAUGGAAACAUCUGCCUGUCAGGACGUACCCACUUCCGCCAGCAUGCGACACGCAGAGGGUACCAAAUGGAGAAAGGAGGCAUUGAAAAUGGAUCGUGGAAAUAAUGUUUAUUCAACUAAAGUGUCAGCUUCUUCCACUGAAAAUGCUGUCAGCUCCAGCCCCGGGGCAAGGGAUGCACCUGUUUCAUCUUUGAGUAACAGCGGUGAGAACUCCGCCUCUGUGAUCAGCUACAGUGGCCCGGCUCCCUCGGUCAUUGUGCACAGCAGUCAGUUUUCAUCAGUGAUCACGCACAGCAAAGCCAUCGCUCCCCUGACCAGCAGCAACCACAAAGCCCCUUCCGAGCCUGCUGCCAGCCAGUCGCUGAAAGAGGACAUCAAGCCUGAGGCAGACAAAGUGGGUAAACUUGCAAGCAGACCCAAAAGCCUUAAAGAGAAAAAGAAAGCGGCUUCUUGUAACAAGGGAGAAAUGCCGGAGGAGUCAAAACAUGCUGCCGACUCUGGAGUGUCACCGGGCAAAACCACUAAUAUUGUUGAGGAAACCAGUAAAAUUGAAACUUACAUUGCAAAACCUGCUCUGCCUGGAACCUCCACAAACAGCAGUGUUGCACCCCUCUGCCAAAUAACAGUGAAAAUAGGGAAUGAAGCCAUUGUGAAAAGGCAUAUCCUUGGUUCUAAAUUGUUUUACAAAAGAGGGAGAAGACCCAAGCAUCAAGCGGAGGAGGCGACACUGCCCCAGGAGGGCAAGCCCGAAGCCCAGGGAGACAACCCCCUUGGGCUCUGCCAGUCUGAGUGUGUGGAGAUGAGCGAAGUGUUUGAUGAUGCAAGUGACCAGGAUUCCACGGACAAGCCAUGGCGCCCUUACUACAACUAUAAGCCCAAGAAGAAAUCCAGACAGUUGAGAAAGAUGAGGAAAGUCAGCUGGAGGAAAGAGCAUGAGAGCAGAAGCCCGAGCGGUCGUCGCAAGUACCCAGCGGAGCUGGACUGUGCUGCGGAGAAGCCGCCUCCAGACAGGGCCUUCGAGGAAGAAGAAAAUAAAGAGAUGCCCAAGUUGCAGUGUGAACUCUGCGACGGGGAUAAAGCGUCAGGGGCUGAAAACCAAGACAAGCCUCACCAGCAUCUCACUUCCAAGCCUUACACCUGCGAGCUCUGCGCCAAGCAAUUCCAGAGCCCUUCCACGCUGAAAAUGCACAUGAGAUGUCACACUGGAGAGAAGCCGUACCAGUGCAAGACCUGUGGGCGGUGCUUCUCGGUGCAAGGAAACUUACAGAAACACGAGCGCAUUCACCUGGGGGUGAAGGAGUUCAUCUGUCAGUAUUGCAACAAAGCCUUCACGUUGAACGAGACGCUCAAAAUCCACGAGAGAAUCCACACUGGUGAGAAGCGUUACCACUGUCAGUUCUGCUUUCAGGGAUUUUUGUAUCUUUCCACAAAAAGAAAUCAUGAGCGGAGGCAUGUCCGAGAGCAUGACGGGAAAGGCUUCGCUUGCUUCCAGUGCCCCAAAAUCUGCAAAACAGCCGCUGCCCUCGGAAUGCACCAAAAGAAACACUUAUUCAAAAACUCAAGUAAGCAGGAAAAAACAGGUGACACGUGCCAGGAAAGUUCAAGUCCCUCAGAGAACCAACAUUACAUCAAUUCAGAAGACAAUGACCAAAAGGAUAACAUACAAACCAUUGUUUAAAAUAUCCUUGGAGUGACAGUAGUUAGGGAAAAAAAAUCUUUCAAAAGGUAGAUUUGUGGGAUUUUUUUUUAGUUGUCUUAUAUGUUUUGUUUUGUUUUGUUCACAUACAGUCAUGAAGGAGUGAAAUGUUUCUUGGGGUUUUUUUUUGUUGUUGUUGUUAUUGUUGUUGUUUUUAAAGUAUCAUUUGUAAAAAACUCCAGAAAAAGGAUCCUGAUAUCUACUUUGGGUUUGUUUGUUUGUUUCCAUACACUUCAUGUAGAGUGCACAAAACAAAACAGCUGAAUCCUCCAAUAUCCCAAAUAUCUUGUGAAAGCUAAUGAAGUUCUUAGCUGUGGUAUUUCUACCAGUGGAAAUAAAACAGUUGAACAGUUUUAGCCUAAUUUAAAGCUUGCUAGUAAAUGCUAAUGGGAACUGGCUGCUGAGCUGUCUUUAGUCACUGGAGAAAAGAAGGGUCAGAUAUCAUGAGAUGGCAUCUUCGAUAUAUGUCUAAUGGUAAAUGAGUUAUGACAGUAUUUAUUCCCAUCCGGUUUCUGCACUAUUAAUCUUUGUUUAAAUUAAUGGAUACAUAUAAAAUACUUAACAGUAUAACUGAAAAAUUGCAAUGAGUAACCUACAGUAGGACACUCGUACAUUACCUAGAACUACUUUUCUGUAGUGUAAACCUUGUAAAAUAUGUAUGUAAAGUACGAUACCUUUUAACUGUUCAUAUCCCUUGUAGAGAAUAAUAAUAAUGAGCAAUAGAUCUGCAGAUAAUGAGGGCUGGUGUAAAACUCAGCAAGAAGCAUUUUGAAUCUGACUUAGAAGCAUGUGUAUCCCUCUAGGCGGAAUGCUUUGCUGUUCUCUUAGAGUAUGGCUGUGCUGUUAGUAGAACUGGUCUAUACAAGUCACCGAAAACCUAGGUCAUGCCUUAUCUGUGGGGGACUCCUUCCCAGAACUUACCUGUGCUGCCGUAUAACACUUUGCAGUGGCCUCAUCUCAGAGAAUUAAGAAGGGUCAAAUUCUUCCGAAACUCUCUGCAGUCUUCCAGUCUUCCCACGGCCAUGGAUGUUGGAGUCAAGUAAACCGACAUCCCCCAUUCCACCUUGGCAUGUGCAGGACACUGAAAGCAAGACACACCUGUGGUGAUGAAUUCCCAGGCGUUUGAAUGUGACAGAAAAUCUAAUCCCUCAACCAUGAGCCUUCUGGGAGAUUACACAGCCCACGAGUACAUACUAGUAUUAAAUAAAAGGAUAAUGGGCCCCCUCACACAUUAAUGAUGGAGAGGGCUGGGGGAAGUAAUGAGCUUCCUUGCCUCAAACAGUGGCUUGGCUUGUGAGGGGUAGGGAGAUAGGAAGUGAAGUGAUGAGGCUCUGUCCCUUACUUACAUGACUCAGAAACACAUCCUCAAAGCCAGAUGGUUUGUCUUCAUGUUUGCAGACAUCUAGUUCCUUUGUAAAACCCCAUCUCAGUUUUUAAAUGUUCUUUUACACUGACCCAUACGAUCAACAUUGCCCUCAAAAACCAUUGCUCUACAGGACAUUCUUUCACGUGGACUAGGUUUCUGGAAAGCUGGAGCUCAUGCUUGUCACUUUUAAAACUUCCAGAAUAGGAGGGAGGGAGACUACAUUUCUACCCUUUCAUCACCAGUAUGAGCCAAAUUGAGAACUGAGUUCAAGGGUGGCCAGUAGCCAUUCGUGUUCAUUGGAUUUGAUAAGUGGAAAUCCAAGGUUGGAAGGUUAUCUUUAUGAAGAAGUAGCUCAAAGGACUCCAGAAUUGAAAGAAUUGUGAUGUCUCUAUGGAGAAGACUUAGUAUGGAUUUGGAUGGGCAAGAAAACAUUUGAACAUCUGGAAAAGGACAUGAUUCAAGUUCACCUUUUUAUACUGUAGUACUUUGCUGUAAGUAACCCCAAUAUUGUAUCUACAUUUAUCUUUUGUUUAUCUACUUUCACUUGCAUACAGUAUUAUAUAGUAGAGGAAAAUGGGAAAAUGCAAGUAAAUUCAACUUUAUUUUGUAUGUUGUAUAUAUGUACACCGGCACCAUCCACUUGGGUUUUGUUAAGGAUAUAGUCACAAAGGGCUUAUGAAAAUCACGUUUCAAUGAAUAAUUAGAAUAUUGAAUAAGCAAUCCUGUGAUCCACUAAUUUGUUUUAUCUCAGUUAGGAUUAUAAAGCAAUCAGUUACAGAUUUUAGUUAUUUUAACAACAAAUAUAAAAUUACAUGUCUCCCAGCCCCUAUAUGUGGAUAUUUUAUAAGUGGACUUGUAUGCUGAUAAUUCUAGACCAAAGUAAAUAUGGCAGAAUAUUUAUACAUGAAAAAAUAAUUUUACAAAUAUUUUCUAUAAUUGUAUUAUUCAUUUAAAAUGUUGAUAGCUUGUGUUAGUUUCAGGGAGGGGUGUAUAUUUUGAUAAAAAAUACUUGACUUUGUAAUUCUGUAUAUUCUCUACAAUUUAUAGCAGAGCCGUCUAAGACAACUGGUCACUUUUUUGUUGAUUGUGAAAAUGUUAUGAGUGGUGUUUAAGUAUGCAUUGAGUACAUAACGACCAAGUAGAAUUAAAGUAAGUGUAAACAGUGAACAUAAUGUAUGCUGUACAAGACAUAUUGUAAUUUGCUGUUUUAGCAUCUGUAUUUUGAUUAGAAGAUAUUAAAUGCAGAUGUUAAGAGUUGGAAAAGUCUAAUUUUAUUUUUAGAAAUAAUGAAUAUAAAUUUGUUUUGCUUGAUUAAAAUAGCUUAUUCCUACA